AUGGAUAAUAGUAAUAGGAGUAGUAGUUAUCAUAAUAGUAUGAGUCGAGUAUCAGGAACUUCAACCAAUAAUAAUAGUAAUAAUAGUAAUAGUAAUAGUUUAUCACCACCACCACUACAACAACCAAUAGAACAACAACAAAUUGGAGGUCUAGGAGGAGGAGGUAUAGGAGUAGGAGGAGGAGGAACAAUAGCAGGAGGAGGAGGAAUAGCAGGUAGAGAUCCAAACCUAUCAAGACAACCAGGUGCAUUACUACAACUAAUAAGACUGAGUGGAGUGGCAAACUUUAGAGACUUGUUAAUCAACUCGAUGGACAAUAACGAUUUGUCUGACCUACUCAGCAACUCUGUAUUCAACUAUCCACAACAACAAUCGGCAACACCACAAUUUGCAUCGGCCACUCAGACAAAAGGUAUCUUUGGCGAUGCUGUCUUUCUCGACGGUCACACUAGAGCCGUCAAAGCAGUAGACUUUUCACCUCAAGAUGACCAUGUCUUUUGUUCGGCUUCUCUCGAUGGUCUACUCAACACUUAUAAUGCAAGACAUGCCAAACUAUUAAAUAGUUCUGUCGUUUCUCAUAUGGGUUCAAAUUCAUUUACUGGUUGUAAGAAAGUGAUAUUAACAACUGGAUCUGGUCGAAUAUUAAUAUAUGAUAUUCAUAGAGGAUCAUUGGUUCAGUCGAUUGAACAAAGAUGUGUUUUAACAUCAACACAAACUAGAAUUCCAAUAGCAGUAGAUUCAAAUAAUUGUAAUAUGUUUAUGGUUCCAAAUGGAUCUGGAAGAGGAAUCACUCAAGUAGAUUUGAGACAAAAUGGAGUUGUUAGAACAUUGGACGACAUACAUGACAACCAUAUCACCGAUAUUGAAAUACUCGAACCAUCGUGGGCAAGAGCAUUCAAUGUCAGUCGUUCAAAUGAACCAAUUGUUUUAACUUCAUCAAUGGAUACAACUGCAAAAAUUAUAGAUUCACAAAAACAAGUAUUUAAAAAGUUUGAAAUGAAAUCUCAUGUAUAUUCAAUUGCACAUACACCAGAUAUAGAACAACCAACUUCAACAAGCACCUCUUCGCCAUCAUCAACACCUUCGUCAUUGCGCGGAGGUAAUAUUGGAUCGAUAGCGAUUGGUGGAGACAAAUUGAAUAUAUAUCCAGCCUUGCAUGGAUCAGAUUCUCUUUUGAGCACACAAUUACCAUGUACCAAAGCAAUAUAUCGACUAAAGUAUACUCAUGCUGGCGAUAAAUUGUUUGUCGCUACCAAUGACGGACACCUCAGAAUGUACCAUAGAACAAUGUAUAGAAAAUAUGAAAAUAAGGGUGUUGUCUUUAGACACGGUAGAGAUAUUCAAGAUUGUGCAAUCUCUAAAAAUGAUGAAUAUGUUGUCACAGCAUCGGGUGAUCAUAAGAUUGGAUUGGUUAGAAUUGGUGAACCUUUAUUUGGUCCAUCUGAAUGUGGUGACACAAUAAGAAAGAAAAAGGAUGAGGCACCAAAGUUGCUAGCAUUAACGACUUUUCAACACUGUCAUGUAAUAGAUGAACAAUCUUGUCUAGAGAGAUGUCUUGAAUAUCUUUUAAUGACAACUAUAUCAGAAGCAACAUCAACAACAAUCAAAUCAACAUUUGAAAGAUCAGUAUUUGAUAGAGUAUUCAAGAAUAAAUAUAUACAAAGACAGAUACUCAAUCAAAUACCUCUAUUGCCAAAACUAUUACACUUGGAGAGAACGCAAACAGUAAGAAAAGAUGUAAUAUACAAUACGUUUUUUGACAGCUACUAUUGCGAUCGACGAAACGAGUAUCUGGUAUCACCUUAUCCAAACAAUUUCAACAACCUCUACGGCGACCGUAACUCGGCAAAAGAUAAUGAUUAUUACUACUAUUACAUCUGUCGACCGGCCAGAACCUGGAUAAAUGUAAAUGAAAUGAUUUUAUACAAUAACAUUAGACUGUUGGCUGAUAAACUCAAACGAUAUGACCCGAAUAUGAAUAAUAGUCAACAACAAAAAGAAGAGGAUAGAUUGGAAUGGAAACCAUCAGAUUGGAGAUCAUUUGACGAUAAGAAACGAGGUUGCAAGGUUUUAAUGUCAGAUUGGCCAUUGUAUAGUUUGUUUUUGGAAAAGUUGGAUGGUAUGACAGUAUUGGUCACUGAUAAGAUGGAUCCAACCUAUGUCACUUAUCUUUUAGAAACCUCUAUCCAUUCUUCAAAAGGUGAUGUUCGAUUCAUCAAGACUAUAUUGCCACCACUGAUCGAGUCACUCAAAAUACACAAUCAACCAUCCGAUCAUCCUCAAUCAUUGUGGAAAGCCAUUUUUACAGAAUCUCCAGAGGAGGGACAACAAGACGCAGCAAGCGAUAAUAUAUACAGAGAUAUAUUUUCUAAAAUAUUUCAUCAAGUACUUGACUAUGGAUACGUUGAUGUGUUGGAAUACUUGUUGGACACUCUUUACAAUACUGGUGGUUUCGACCCAUUCUUUGAUAUGGACGAAGCACAAGACAAAGAGUUUCAACAUCGAGCUGUUCGUCAGGCACUCAUUCACUCGGAACCACAUCUCUAUAGGUUCCUAUGUUCUGCACAUCCCGAUUGGAUUGCAGCCUAUUUCAAAGAGCCAAACUCUUGGCAUGUCUUUUUUGGUGACAUUACAACCAUACAAAAGCUUCUCUUGGUCAUGGAGAAACAAAAGAGAAUAGAAAAGAUACCAUCAGAUUGUAAAAACAAUUGUCAAUUGGUAUUGGAAUUUAUAGAAAACUAUAAAUAUUAUAAACAUCUAGAUUUCAACAAACAAUACAACAUUAUUUCUUUAAUCCUUCAAUAUAGAUAUUGUAACAUAACUUACACCUCUGAUAAUAAUAUCAACCUAAGAUUAUUAGGUAAAUCAUUUAAAGAAAUUUAUUCAAAAAAAUUAAUUACUUUAAAUAAUCAAAAUAAUAUUAAUAAUAUAAAUAUAAAUAAUAAUAAUAAUAAUAUAGAUAAUAAUAUGGAAAUUGAUGAUUUAAAAAAUAAUAAUAAUAAUAAUCAAGAAGAAUUGGAAAAAAUAUUUAAAUUAUUUAAAAUUUAUACAAAGUUAUCACAAUUUGAAAUGGAAUCUAUGGAGGGAUUGAUAAGAGAUGCAAUCUAUUUGGGAUCAACCGCAUUUUUGUUGACCCUUUUAUCGGGUCUUUCAAAAAUUGCAAUUAAUUUGGUCAAAUAUAUCACUCUCUAUUGUCAAGAUGUAGAAACGAUAAAGAGAUGUAUUCUAUAUUCUGUGGAAGAUCCAAAAGAAAUGUAUCAGGUAUUGGUGUUUAUUUUGGAGAAAUGUGAUUCAGCAAGCAAAAGAGAUGAAUUGGCAAUAUGGUUAUUUGAAUGUUAUCCAGCAGUCAAUAUAUUCUUUUCAGAAAUACCUGGAGCCAUGACCUCUCCAUUAACGGCAAAACUAUUGUCGGUCAUGUACAAAACAAGAAACUCUCAUUUAUCGUUGGCUCGUAUCAUUGGACAUAUCGAUGAUGUACAAGUUCUCAAAAUAAUGAAAGCAAAUACCCUAGGGACUUGGGAUCAACAUAUUGGUUUGUUAGAUCAAAUCAAACACUCUUUGCUUACUCAAAACCUUGAAUGUUUUGAGUUUUUGAUGGAUCUGGCACCAGAACUACCAACCUACUUUAACGUUCAUGUUUAUUCUCACUAUUAUAAUAUGGCCAUUUGCUUCAACAUUGAUCCAAUCUUUGUGGAUAUAUUGGGAAAGAAAUUAAACAAUCCAUCAGACUCUCUUUCUCUUUUCACCUUUUAUCGUAUGGGAAUGUAUGGAAACUAUGGCCUAUUACUACGAUCAAAAGAAGAGAAACCACAUUGUUUUAAUAGUGCUCUAAUAUCAUUUACCGAAGGAUUGAUAAAGUACAAUGAACCAAAGUUUUGGAAGAGUUUUGUUUAUUAUCAUCAUCUUGCUGAUCGUGACGAGGAAACCAGCAACUCUCCACCUCCUCUAAAUUAUCAUCAAAUGUCAUCGGUCCUCAUUGACUAUAACCUCGUAUUUGGAUUGGCAAUCAUCUGUGCAAGAUUCAACCUCUUACAAAUCAGUUGGUCUGUUGAAAACAGCAGUAGUAGUAGCAGUCUUAGCAGCAUGGGCAGCAGUACUAAUAUCAGUCUCAUUCCACCAAAUCCUUAUUUCCUACCAACUUAUCUGGGUCUUGGUAUACCAAAUGUCGGUAUCGCACCAAAUUCUUAUUACAGUCUUGGUCUACCAAAUCUCGUUCCACCAAAUGUCGUCGGUAUCGGUCUACCAAAUCUCAUGGCACCAAAUGCCACUAACAAAUGGCUUCAUAUGGCAUACUCGCACAGUAGAGAUAAAGUUGUUGAUUGGUUAAAAUCGAUUAUCCCCAAUGAUGAUCAGCAAUCACAACAAUAA